AUGUUUUCCAUAUCUAUCUCGCUAUCAAAAACUUUCCAUAUCUAUCUAUCUAUCUAUCUAUCUAUCUAUCUAUCUAUCUAUCAACGUCUCUCUCUAUAUAUAUUUAUAUGUAUUAGAAUAAUCUAUCUAUCUAUCUAUCUAUCUAUCUAUCUAUCUAUCUAUCCGAAUCUGUUACUUACCUAUUUCAGUUUCUCCAUAUCUAUCUAUCUAUCUAUCUAUCUAUCUAUCUUCAUUUUGUGGAUAGAUACAUAUAUGCAUGAGCUAUGUAUCUAUCUAUUAAUCUAUCUGUUGAAAGCUUUCCAGAUCUAUCUAUCUAUCUAUCUAUCUAUCUAUCUAUCUAUCUAUCUAUCUAUCUAUCUAUGGUGGCACGCUGCUGCUGACUCCGUCGCUCGCCCGAAAGCCGUCGGUUGCGGUCGUGAUGUUGCGGCAGCAGCGGCGUCGGCCGGCUACGCGAGGAACAACCUGUUGAAUACAGUAGAACCAGGUAGCAAUGGCUCGGCAACGGCUCAGCAACGACUCCUUACUCUCUGCCUCAACACCACUGCAGGCCCUGCCACCCUCAUCAACAUAUAUGCCCGGCAAUCUCAGCCACAGCAGACAGCAAGGACGAGUUUUACGACAAGCUGGCAACCACCAUCAGCAGUAUCCCCAGAAAGGAACAACUUGUUCUCCUGA